CACGUUUUCUACUGCUAAGCGCCAUCAAACUGUACCUCAACAUAACAUCUGUCAUUACGCCGCAAGCUUGCCUACGCGCUGUCAGUAUGGCUGAGUUCGUUUUGCAGCUGUGCUGCAGGCCUACGGCGAGAAGACGCAGAGUAUUUUUGGCCAAAGCGAUAGAGCGGCAUCGUUGUACUCAAGAGAGCAGUAGCGAUUAACUUGAAGAUAUAUAACACUAUGAGUGGGGGCGGUUUCCAGCACGAUCAAAAGGUCUGAAAUCUUUCGAAAAAUCAUGCGUGUUUCAUUGCCAACCAGUCUGAUCGCCUUGUCUGGGCUUGUUGCUGCCGCUGGACCCACGAUCACACUUGGACCAGCAUCAGAGUACCAGAAAGCUCCCGCUGUCACUGCUAGCCCGAGCGGCAAUGAUCUGAUCAUCACCCCAGCUGAUAUCGCUCAAGGCAUUCCCAAGGAAGGACUUGAUGUAUUUCUGGGACCCGACAUGCAGAGCGACCUCUCCAAAGAUGCCAGUGACAUAUGCAAGCAAGGCAUUGCACAGGACUGCACGAAUGCGAUCUCUGGUGUCCUCAACAAAGACUACGGCUUGACUUUACAGGCUCGGCAAAUCACAGUCUUGUUCACCGGAGUCCAAAUCUUCGGACUCGUCAUCGCUGCGAUAGUGGCCAACAGGCUGGCAAAUGAAGCACACCCAAAGCUCGUCAGCCAUGUUCACAUACCAUCCAGCCUUGGGUCACAGCUUGCUUCGUUGACUGCUGGCGAGGUAGCUUUCGCGACUGCCACAAACGAACCAGCUGUCACCAUCAAGACAAGCCCGACUCCGACUCUGGAGUCAUCUCCCGCAUCUAUUACGACUCUUGCUGCCGAUGGAGGUGGUCACAGCAAGGGUGAUCUAAUCGUCCGAAUUCCAGAGCAGAAAGCAGACCUACUCAAGCAGCUACUGCGCCAAACUGGCAUCGAAGGCAAAUGUAAUAACGUCCGCCGACGUAUCAGUGGAGCUGGUCCUACUGCAAGCAACUACAAUCUGAUCAAUAAUGCCGCACUGUGGGCUCUGCCCAUGGCAGCUCCUGGCCAGCUGCUCGCUUCACUGGGCUUGCAGGUACAGCAAGUGCCGCAGCUCUUACUGCAACUACGAGAUGACGCCGCACGAUCGUCCCUGGACUAUGUUCAGACCAACGCUGGGCGCCUCACGGAAUUCGCCAAUGUGAGCGCAGAUCAGUUCAAAGCAGUUUCCUUGCUAGUCUGGAAAGCCACUAGUGACAUGUGUCUCGGGAGCAUCGAUCAAUUGGCAGAAAUAGUAUUGGACGAUUCGAUGUUUCUCGACGAUCCCUCUCGCGAAGGUGACGACAACGAGGACAAGAAGUGCCCAAAGGACGUCAAGGACCGGCCAGCAUGUGACAGCCAAGAUUGUGCGGGAGCAGAUGAUCGCUGCCAACAAGGCACUUACAAAAGCUGUCUCUGUUUGAAGACAGUCGAGGUCUACGUCAACCCCCUGUCUCGAGACGACUUGGACGCAGGACAGAAGUUCCUCACCGAAGCACUUGACGACGAAGAUGAGCCUGCAAAGUUCGACUGUAACAAGGACGAGCGCGUAAGCUUGGAGUACGCUGAUUAUUUACGACUCUCAGGUGCAUUCUGCAAGAACAUUGACAUGUCCAAAGACGCACCAGAUGUGGGCAUCAGCCCCAAAGACGCUGGUACAAGAGGCCCAUACACGAAUUAUAAGUUUUCUUUCUCGUGGAAACCAAAGUCUGGAGUCUGUUCUUCCGACUGCGCAGCGAUAUUCGGAGCGUUCAAUACUUCUUCGGUGUGUAGCUACGACAGCCAUACCAUGGCGAAGUCAGGCUCACAGGAGCUCUCAUGUGGGACAGCGUCUUUCGAUUUCGGCAAUGGUAAGACCAAAGAUGGCGCAUCUGGGCAAAAUCAACCGCCAAAAUCCGGGAGCGAAACCAAUCUAGAGUGCGGGAAAGAGAGCGAUAUGGGCAAUGCAAAUCACUUCGUCGCACCAAGAACUAUGGAUAGAGCUGCCCGUUUCUUUUGUCAACAACAGAUCGACCGGAAGACACGCUUCGAACCCGCCAAGGUGCUACAAGAUCAGGGACGCAAAGAACUUCACUACAAUCAAAAUCUCCACGAUCCAGUAUAUCUCUCAGUCGACUGGCUCGAUAAUGCAUCGUGUCCGGUUACCGAUUUCGGGGCGAUUGAUUUCAUGAAGACAUGCACAGAACGCUUCGGCGCUCUGAUACACAGCUGCGACACGAAUAAUCCCAAAGGGCUCAACUUCUGGAAGCAGGGUGGCACUCUCACUCGCGACUGCGUCAAAUGGACCAUCAAACGUGACACUUUCGCGAAAAAUCCUCCCAAUGAUUCGGAUCUCUGGCGUCCGAAGGAUGCUCCGUGCUCGCAAGACUCCGAAUGUUCGAAGGUCUGCAACCAGUACGGGAAACCUGUUUGCAAGAAGGCACCGGAGUUCUCAGAUCAGGGGUGGUGCGGUUGUGAUACUUCGAAUUGCGUUUUAGGGUUCUGUUAA